ACUAUUUUGAAUUUAUUCUUCAUUUUCUCUCAAACCUCUUUGCUUUGCCGAUUAAUUACUAAUUAUUUCUUUCAUUUACUUAACUUUCUUUCACCCCUUUUCUAUUUCUUCGUAAACAUGUCUAGCUCUCUUUCCGGCGCUCAUGGCGGAGAUGACCCCAAUAUGAAUAAGGGGGUUUUGACCACCCUACUAGUUGUUACGUCCUCCAUCUGCGGGGGAGACACGCCGCCGCUGUUGAAGCAGAGGUUCUUCCCUCGGUGGAUGAUAUAGUUCCACGCAAUCCUGACGCGAAACCGGACUUGCAACGGCAGCCGGAGGGGUGGUUGAGGCUUUCCGGUCUUCUUUAAUGGCGAAGCGUUUGGAAGAAUUUAGGGCAGAAUAUAGCAUUCCCGACCAAGUGGAGCUCGUACAUGUGGGCGAUGAUGAUGUGUACACUCACCGUCCAGGGUACUAUACCUUGUACGCCUACCUCUUCACCAUCGGCUAUUCUUUUCCUCUUUCCCUUUGGUGGAGGAAUUUUGCCGCCAUUACCGAGUUUGUCCAAACAAACUCGUGCCCUUGAUGUAUAAAAUAAUCAAGAUUCUAUCUAAUUUUGUCAAGUUGGCCGGCAUCAAGAUUACUCUACAGCACAUCGUGCACCUGUAUAUGCACAGCUUCUACCGGUGAACUAUGUUGAACGUUCGCCACCGUGGAAGCAAAUCCAUGGUCGUUAAGAUGGAUGACAAGGGUAGUCGGUAGUUUUGGCUUGACUUCUUCUUUGUCUAGAUCGAGUCCAUUAUGGCUGAUGUCACGGACUUCCCGGAGGCUUGGAACUGUGCCCGUAAGUGUUUCUACUCGCUCAUGUUCCUUUCUAUGAUCAUGUGUGUUUGAUUUUGCGAUUGGAUCCUUCUUGUUCUAGAGCUACUGCUCAGAAUCUCCAAUUGGUGUCUCACCUUGCUAACUAGGUCAAGCAGGUCCUUCCUCAUACUGCAAGGAUCCGGGACUGGCCCAGCUUUUGGCAAAAAUACAUACUGAUUCCCCCUCAAGAGGUCCUUCCAAGAAGGCUGUCAAGAAGGACCUGGUGCCGACACCUUCUUUCAGGUAAAUGAGUGAUGUCACCUUCUUUACUCCUGCCUCUGGUUCGACUAUUGUGUUUGCUCUUCCCCCCGGCUUCUUCCCAGGAUGUGGACGAUGAUGUUUCCCCGCGCGGCACAAAUAUGAGGCCCCAGAAGAGGAGGGUCGUAGAUGGGGGAGCUAGUAUACCAGCGGUGGUUGACUUGUCUGAAGCCUUCCUCGAGGCUGAGGUGAAGGAUGUUGCGACGACUUUGGUCAUGGAGGAUGUAGGUGUGACCCUAGAUGAUAACGAUGAUCCGUUAUUUUGAAGGGAAUGAGGCCGUCAUGAAUGCCUCUUCCGAUGAUCCCGCACUUCGUUGGUGCAAGGAGACUCCGUCUUCCGAACAAGCUCAGGCGGCUUCCCCGACUGAUAAAGGAAAGGACAAGCUGCCGGUCGAGCAGUGCGAUGAGCGGGUUGAGUCCAUUGGAGAUGAGUCUCACUCUGAAUUCGAUCCUGAAGAGCGUGAGAUGAUUGAUAGCGGGACGACUCAAAUUGAGGUGAGAGUAGAAGGAGGGUCGAGGACGAUCAUGAUCCCGGUAUAUCAUGACCUACUUAAAAAUACUGAGGUCGUGAUUCAGGCCUUCAGCCCUUUCUGUUUCGAUGUGGAGCAUCAUAUUCCUGAGGAGUUGAGUGACAACACUCUAUCUAAGAGCAUUUUCGACCUUGCUCUCACGGUCGUUAUCCUGGAGAUCGAGAGUGUGCGUAGAUCAUAGGCGGAAACAGGUUUACUACAAAAUGAGGAUGAAGUUUGAGGAGUACCAAGGGCGGUACAAGGAGGCUAAGAGGAGGCUUCAUGAGGGGGUGAUGUGACCGUUCUGAGGGGGGAGCUGAAAAAGAAGGACGAAGAGUUGCUCGAAUCUGUGAAGCAGCUCAGUGCCCUGAAAGAAACGUUGAAGAGGAAGGAUGAGGAGCUUUAGCUAAGUAGGGGCGAUGAGGCUCAGUGCCGCAAUCUCUAGAGCUAGGUCGACCAGCUGUAGGAUCGGUUGAAUGAGUGUCAGUUCAAAGUGGAUGGGCUCAGGAGGGAGGUAGUUGAUAAGCAAAAACUGUUGGAAGAGGCGUAGUCUUCUUAGAGACAAGCUCGGAGGAGAGUUUCCCUUUUUAAGCUGGCAAACAGAAGUCUCUGUGCUGAUAGGGAUAACAUUCAGUCGACGGUUGAUGCUAAAUAGGCUCGGCUUGAGGAGAGGAUUGGCGAACUGGAGAAGGAGAAUGCCAAAUUGCAUGAGCGAGCUUCUUCUGCGGUGAAUGAGAAUGUUGAGUUGCUUGAACGGUCUUCCAUUUCACGUGUUACACCCCAUGUUUCUAUACGUGAAAGUACGUCGUAAGUCAAUUGAUUUAAGCUUGAAAAUGAGAUCAUCUUUGAAAGUAUAUAAAGUGAUUUAAUGAUGUUACGUCCCAUUUUCGCAAGCCUUUAAGAGUUAUCAUUCAAGGACAAAUAUUUCUAAGAGGACAUGUUGUUACAUCCCGUACUUUAGACAUCACUGUCAUUAGGAUUAUCUAAUGUAAGCUCAAAAAGGACGAAAUCGUUCUACAAGGAUAAAAAAAGGUUUACCGAAGUCUUAACUAAGUUAAGAUGAAUAUGAGACUUGUUAAUCAUGAUUUAAAUGAGUUUAAAGUCAUGAUAUGACUAUAUAUGAUGUUUGGAUAUGAAAUAUAAAGUUUGGGAAAAAUCGGAUUUAAGUUGCGAAAAAACCGACUAAGGAUUUUCCUUGUAAUGAAGCUUUUUAAGUAAUACAUUUCGUAACCCUUAUGAUGUCUUUUGGGGACAUAUUAUAUACCACAUUGAAGGUCUGUAGGUCUAUUGUAUAACACAUUUAACUUUUUGUCGAUAUGAUAUCGGAGGAGAGAUAUAUUCGCGUUUGUGCGAGACUGCACAAGCAGCACCCAUGGGACCCACAAAGUCGGGAAAAAAAUUCAGCUUGUAUUUAAGUCAAUUCUCCACAGUUUUAUCUCAUUUUUCUGGUCCAAAACAGUUCCUAAAUGCUCUUCAAUGGUUCCUCCAUAAUUCUAGGGUGAGAACCUAAGAUAAAGACAUGAAUCCAACGCUAGAAAUCCCGUGGUGCUUGCUAGAUCGUAGUUCUUCAUCUUGUGGCUAUUUUGGAGGGUUCUUCAAAGGUAAGUAACCUCAGAUUUCGUGUUGUUCUUGUUUAUUAAGGUAAUAAUCAGUCCCUUCUUCAUAUAUAUUAGAUUUUCAAGGCGAACUACAAGUGUUUACACACCAACUUGAACACCAAAAGUUGAUUCAAGAAGAGAAUACAAUACCUAUAGUGUUGUGGUGUUAUUGAGAAUAGUUGAGGGAUGUGCUUGGCUGAAAUUUCGUGUUGUUUAUACUUUUUAAGGUGAGUAUAAAAUCCUACUAUAUGUACUUGAAUUUGUUUGUGUGUUGGUUACAUUAUUUGAGCAAAAUACUACAAGAGGAGACUUGAAAUAGUUUGAGAUGUUAUGGGUUUUAAUGGACUGUUUUGGAAAGGUUGUUUCCAAGAACUAUAAAUGGCUGAAAAAUGGGAAAAAUAACUUGAUUAUGAUAUGGUUUCUAUUGUUAUGAAUGUCUAUAUGUUUAUCAAGUGAAUUGGUGAAAGAAGCAUAUGAAACUUGAGAUUGGUAGUGAAGAUUAGCUUAAGUCACUUCUAUGGCGUUGUAUUGCCAUUGAGGGUUGUUGUAAGAUAAAUAUAACUUAGAUUUGUUCUUUAAAAUACUGUAUUAGGUAUGUAUAUUGUGUUCUUAGAUGUGCUUAAGGUUAUCUUGAUAUUGAUUAAGUUAAAUGGAUAGACUAGACAUGAACUAGUGAAUAAAAUUGCUAAUUAAAGAUACUUGGAGUUGUGGAUUGUUUUCUUUGUUAGAAAUAUAUGGUAUAAGGCUGGAAUCAUUGAUGAAUGACUUCAUUAUCAUGUUAAUGAUACUAGUAAGUUAAAGUAAGAAGUCUAUAAAGGGUGAUGUGGGGUAUAUAUAUUCCAAUUGGACUUGUAGCUCGUCGUGAAGUAGUUGUGACUUGUUGUUAUUAUAUGGUGUCUUGUUAUUGAUAAUUAUGUAUUGCUGGA